UCAGAGGCUUGCUAUGUGAAAGGGGUCAUCAGGACAAAAGUUUGAGAACCACUGGUCUUGUCCUUGUCAGAUUUCCCUGUGCCCGGCUGGUACCGGAGCUGCUGGGCUGCUUCGCGCUUGUCCUGGGGCUCUGCUGGCUGAGCAGCUGCGUUGGUAGCAGGCCUGGGGGCUGUGCAGAGGGGCGCUGGAAGGCCAUGUUGCAAGUGGGUGAGGGGAUGAUGGGCCCAAACUUUGUACACUUGGGAGGAAGGGGGAGUAGCUGGUCCCGGCCCAUAGGCUGGGCAAGGGCCGCACAGCCAGUGUAUGCUCGGAGUGGUGGUGGAUUUUGCCAGCAUCAAGCCCCAAUACUCAGGCUUUAUUGAUUCUGUACCUAAGUGGGUCCAUGCUGCCAUUCGGCCGAUAGCAGAAGAACUGGAGUCUUUUAUCCCUCAACCCUUUGCAGGAGAGAUCCUGGGAAUGUGCAAAGCACUGGGGAUUAGUGCUGGAGAUGGAAUUCUCAUCAAUUUGGCCUAUGAAUUUUCUGCGUUCUGUACCAGUAUUGUUGCUCAAGAUUCCAAGGGAAACAUUUACCAUGGUCGGAACAUGGAUUAUGGUUUUGGAGAUAUUUUACGCAAGAUUACAAUUGACGUGCAGUUUAUGCAAAAUGGGCAGGUAGCGUAUAAAGGUACCACGUUUGUGGGCUAUGUGGGCUUAUGGACUGGACAGAGUCCACACAAGUUUACAAUCUCUGGUGAUGAACGAGCUAAGGGAGGAUGGUGGGAGAAUGCAAUAGCUGCUUUCUUGAGUCGAAACGUCCCAGUCAGCUGGCUUAUCAGGGAUACCCUGAGCAAGGCUGCAGACUUUCAAGCUGCCGUUCUCAAACUGGCUGCGACCCCGAUCAUUGCGGACGUUUACUACAUCGUCGCAGGGACAUCGCCCAAAGAGGGCGUGGUCAUCACAAGGAAUAGAAGGGGGCCGGCAGACAUCUGGCCUCUUGAGCCCACAGCCGGAGCGUGGUUCCGUGUAGAGACAAACUAUGACCACUGGACAACCCCUCCUCCAUUUGAUGAUCGAAGAACUGCAGCCAUUAAAGCUCUCAAUGCCACUGGAUGGGAGAAUAUUAAUUUUGAGACCCUCUUUCAGGUAUUAUCAGUGAGGCUGGUCUUAAACAAUUACACAAUAUAUACCACAGUAAUGAGUGCUGCAGCCCCAGACAAGUACAUGACACGGAUCAGAACCUUGGAGUGAACAUGU